GCUGCUGACAAUAACAUCACUGAAAUCUGGGGAGUUGCUUCCUGUGUCGCUGCUGCUACUUGUCAAGGUGUCACACCGCUCGUUGAGAUGGUGCAAUGCACUCAGACUGAGGUCGGUAGUAGCGUAACGGUCUCUGACGCACCGGAGAUCGUGAGUUUGGACUAUAAUCUCUAUGCCUCGAUCGUCGGUGAGUGCGCCUGGCAGGAGGGUGGAUGCCCCAUCACCCAGCAAAACUACAUCGACUUUGUCUACGGUACUUUGUCUGCCAUUGCGACUGAUGUUUACCCCGACGUGAACAAUGUCAUCACUAACUGGUGGGAUUUUAUCACUGCGUGGACUGCUACAGGCGAAACCGUGCCAUAUCUGAACUUCAAUGAUUGGCUGCAUUAUUCGAAUUCGCAGUAG